GGUUUGUGGUUUCAGGCGGGGAGCUUCCCCACAGCUUAGUUCAGCAGUGGGCAGCUGUGGGCCUUUUGCUGCUGAAGGACCAUAACAAAAUUGCCUUUGUUGCUGGCAUUCAGUUUGCGAAGGCUUGCAUUCGUGCUGGGGAUAUGGACGACCUCGCGGCUUGGCUGCCCUCAAUGUUGGGGGUUUUGAAAAACCCUAAUGCCCCCAAAGCUCGCAUGAAGAUCCGUCACUUGAUAGAAAAGCUCUGCAAAGUCAUGGGGGAAGAAGCUGUGGAGAAGGCAAUGCCUGAAGAGCACAUGCCUCUGCUGCGUCAUCUGCUUCGCACUGAGAGGCGGCGCACUGUUCGCCGCCUCAUUCGCCAGACCCUCAAGGAUACGGGCGAGUCUGAAGACGAGAGCGAAGACUCUAAAGAAGAACGAAAAGGGUUUACUGAUUCGGAGACGGAACAAGAAGAAGAAGAAGAAGAAAAGGAAAAAGAAAAAGAAGAAAGAAUUGAACACGUUGGCGGCCCGGAGGCGGUGGGCCUAAAGUCCCUUUUGGAUGCUUUUGAAGAAGACAGCGAAGACGACAGAAGGGGCAGACGGAAACGGCGUGCAGCAGCAGCAGCAGCAGCAACAGGACUGAGUGUGUUUGAGUCUGCGGGAGGAGACGAUCCCACGGAUUUGCUGCUGGACUUUUGCUGCAGCAGCGCGGCGCAGCAAAUCUUAGCAGCGCAGCAGCCCCGCAAAGACCGCCGCACUGCAGCAGCAGCAAAAGGCCAAAAGAGGGAAUUAAAGUUCAGCCAACUUAAACUCAAUUCCGAGGGAAAGAUUUUGCUUUCCGAAGAAGAAGAGGAUCCAAAAAAUGAUGCAAACGCACCGAAGUUCUCCAUAGGGAAGGAAACGCCAGCUUCGAGCCGUCGCAAGGGCCUCAAA